UAACCACAUAAAAAAUAAAAUAAAAACUAUAAACUCCAAAUUCACUGUCUUUUAGCGCCAAAAAUAGUUGAACACAGUAGAGGAAAUCACCAUUUACAGUAUGUACUCCAUAGCUGCAAGCUCUUUCUUCAACCAUUGCAAACCACUCCAGAAUUCACCUUUUCACAAUCCAAACAGACCCUUAUUUACAGUUAUACGCUCUUCUUCAAGUGUUGCUCAAGAAGCCGAUAAAUCAUCAUCUGAGGGUUUGGAAUUUCCGCCAAUAAAGGGGGCGAAAAGGGUAGUGUUGGUGAGGCACGGGCAAAGCACGUGGAAUGCAGAGGGUCGUAUCCAAGGCAGCUCUGAUUUCUCAGUUCUUACUUCUAAAGGAGAGUCUCAAGCUGAAACUUCCAGACAAAUGCUUAUUGAUGACUCCUUUGAUAUCUGCUUUUCAAGUCCACUGCGUCGCUCGAAGAGGACAGCUGAAAUAAUAUGGGGUGCUCGUGAGGAGGAGAUCAUUACUGAUUCUGACAUGAGGGAAAUUGACCUAUACUCAUUCCAAGGCCUCCUGAAACAUGAAGGAAAAGCUAAAUAUGGUGAAGCUUUUAGUCAAUGGCAAUUAGAUGCACCAAAUUUCGUCAUUGACGGUCACUACCCAGUGAGAGAGUUGUGGGCUCGUGCUAAAAGCUGCUGGGACAAAAUCUUGGUCCAUGAAAGCAAGUCUGUCCUAGUAGUUGCUCAUAAUGCAGUUAAUCAGGCUCUCGUUGCAACAGCCCUGGGAUUAGGAACCGAGUACUUCAGGAUUCUACUUCAGAGCAAUUGUGGGGUUAGUGUGCUGGACUUCACUCCACAACCUGAGGGCGGAACCCCAAGUAUCUGCCUUAAUCGUUUAAAUCAGACCCCAGGAUCGCCUGUAGCAGUGGGCAGUUCUGCAGGAAGAAAAGCUAGUAACCGGAUGGUACUUGUCUGCCAUGGAGUGUCAGAGAGUGACCUACAGAGUAGUAUGCCGUAUACUGGCAAUGGCCCCAUGAACAUGCUUGGAAAUAUACAGGCACAGAAAAUAGCAGAGCUGCUUCUCGAUCUGAAAGUGAAUACCGUAGUCAGUGGAACUAAAAUGGCAUCUGUAGAGACAGCUGACACAAUCACCAAAGUUCAAGAAGCUGCUGACUGCCUUGGAGCUGACUGUAUCCCACGCUAUGUGGAAACAAAGCAGAUACCAGAUCUAGAUAUUGAAAGUAUUCUUACACAAUCAGAGAAGGAUGCAUCAGGACUGCAAAAUGUUCCAUCAGGUUGGUUAAAUAGAUUGGAAGAUGAAGUCACAACAUCUUUAUGGGAUCAAUCAGGGAAAGCAUGGAAACAUCUAUUGUAUGAACUAUCACAGAGAUCUGACGGCCAAGACAAUAUAGUCAUUGCUGUUGGUCAUCCUGCACUUCAUAUUUCGAUGAUGGGACACUGUUUAAAUCUGACAAAGGAAUGGUUGGGAUCGUUUCAUCUGAAUGCAGGCAGCAUUAGUGUUAUUGAUUUUCCUGAUGGACCCUCGGGGAGAGGAGUUAUCCGCUGCAUAAACUACACUGCGCAUCUUGGAAGAUGGUCAAUUCCUAUUACUAGAUCAACGCAAGCGGAUGAAGAAUAUUGAAGUGUGAAUGUACUUAAUUGUGGAACUGAGACAAUGUUAAUUAAAAUUACAUUAAAAUUACAGUCCAGAAAUAUGUCAGCUGAAUAUAUUGCUGAUAAAUGGAAAUGAGAUUUCCAGUUUCUUAAUUCCAAGGCCAUGUCUUUUGUGA